GCUCUCCCUCCACCCCCAAGCACAAGCACAAGCAGAAGCAGAGACCAUACUCGACUUCUCCUCCUCCUCCUCUUCCGGCGCCGGCGCUUCGUUGAGCGAGAGAGCGGCGGCAACUGGCCGCACGCAGUGCGCGCGCCACGAGAGAGCAUCCAGCCCAGCCGAGAGACGGCCGGCAGGAUAUAGCAUAGCUGAUAGCCAGCUCGAUCGACGCCGGCGCGUCCCUUUUUGGUCCGGAAUAGAUUCGGCUCCUUAUUUUCGUUUUUGCGGUCGGGGAGCUCCGCCCAGGGCCGCCCAUUUUUAGCGCGGUGCCCGAGAGCUUUUUGUUUGGGGCAAGGCCUGCCCGGCAACGCACCCCCGCGCGCGGCCACCCCUUGCGUCCGCCCGCGCCAGCCGAGGAGGAGGGUGCCGGGGAGGAUGGCCGGGAGCAUGCAGGCGGCGGACGCGGCGGGGCGGAUCAGCGCGCUGCUGUCGCUGCUCGCGCUGCGCCGGAUCCUCGCCGUGCUCCAGCCGCUGCUCCUGCUCCUGCUCCCGCCCUUCGGACGGCGGGCGCGCCAGGUCGACCCGGCCGCCGUCGCGGACGCCUCCUCCUCCUCCGGGAAGAAGGCCAAGCCCGCCGUCGUGCUGCGGGUGCCCGCCGCGGUCUGCUCGCGCAGGCAGGCCCUGGCCCGCCGCGAGGCCGCCAUGCGCCGCGCCAGGGAGGCCGGCCGGGACUACGAGCUCAUCCCCACCGCCCGCGGCGAGACGCUCUUCACGCAGUCCUGGUGGCCGCACGCCUCCUCCUCCUCCUCCGUCAAGCCCAGGGCGCUUGUUCUUGUCAUGCACGGGUUGAACGAGCACAGUGGGAGGUAUGAUUAUCUGGCGAAGCGGUUGAACGCCAUGGAUGUCAAGGUUUAUGGCAUGGACUGGACUGGCCAUGGUGGCAGUGAUGGUCUUCAUGGAUACGUGCAAUCUCUUGAUCAUGCUGUCCAAGACAUGAAAAUGUAUCUGAAGAAGAUCUCAGCCGAGAACCCUGGCGUCCCAUGCUUCUGCUUUGGGCACUCCACCGGUGGAGGCAUCAUCCUCAAGGCUGUGCUUGAUCCGGAUGUCGAUGCUCUUGUCAAUGGCAUCAUCCUCACAUCGCCGGCCGUCCGCGUUCAACCCGCGCAUCCAAUCGUCGCGGCGCUGGCCCCGGUUUUCGCCCUGAUCGCGCCCCGGUACCAGUUCACGGGGUCGAGCAAGAACGGGCCGGCGGUGUCGCGCGACCCGGAGGCGCUGAGGGUCAAGUACUCGGACCCGCUGGUGUUCACGGGCUCCAUCCGGGUGCGCACCGGGUACGAGAUCCUCCGGCUGACGGCGUACCUGCAGCAGCACCUGCGCAGGAUCACGGUGCCGCUGCUGGUGCUCCACGGCGCCGACGACAUGGUGACCGACCCGGAGGGGUCGCGGCGGCUGCACCGGGAGGCCUCCACCCCGGACAAGGCCAUCCGGCUCUACGACGGCCUGCUGCACGACCUCCUCAUCGAGCCCGAGAAGGAGGCGGUGCUGGGCGACAUCGUCGACUGGCUGCGCCCCAGGAUUUGAUCCAUCACGCGCCGGCCGGUCCGUCCGUGGGCUGAGGCAGGCGGGUCGGAUCACUUCUGCCGAGCUCGUCGGGGACGGGAGAAACCUCCCCUCUCCGACGGUGAUGACGCGGCCGGUCCGACCGCCUGCACCCUUAGCGAGCGAGGACGGCGAGGAUGAUCAUCGUCGAUCCUCCCUCUCGGCGGAGGAGGCUGCUGCGAGCGCGGGAAGCUGCUGCUUUAGUAAUUAACUACCACUUCUUACUGGUAGUACGUGUGGUGCAGUUCGGGGGGUCGAUGGCCGACAGAGAUUUCUCUGCUUUCGGUGUGCCCCCGAGUUAUAUUUUUGGCCCAUAUUUUUGUCCGGUAGGGGUAAGACGUUCGUUCGUUCCGUUGGAGUCGCCCGGUGUGGUGCUCAAUAAUGUAAUGUGUUAGACGCCUACCUUCCCUCUCGCAGGGGACGUUUUUCUGCGUCUCGAUUCUCAAUCAGAAUCCGCGGCAGAAUCGAUUGAUUUUUUUUUUCUUUCUUGGAAGGAAUUUCCUCGCCU